AUGUGCAGCAGAUCCAAGCCAAUGGCCUCGCUUUUGCUGCCAUUCUUGGUGACGGACCAGCUGAAGAAUGUGCAGCAGAUCCAGGCAAAUGAAGGUGCUUUUGCUGCCAUUCUUGGUGACGAAUCGGUCGUGACCUGGGGUUAUGCUGCCUAUGGUGGUGACAGUAGUGCUGUGCAGGACCAGCUGAAGAAUGUGCAGCAGAUCCAAGGCACUGGCCUCGCUUUUGCUGCCAUCCUCGGCAAUGGAUCGGUCGUGACCUGGGGUGAUGCUGCACACGGUGGUGACAGUAGGGCUGUGCAGGAUCAGCUGAAGAAUGUGCAGCAGGUCCAAGCCGCAUGGGGCAGUGAUGGUGGUGGCGUGGCACUUGCUGCCAUUCUUGGCGAUGAAUCCGUCGUGACCUGGGGUAGUGCUCGCCAUGGUGGUGACAGUAGUGCUGUGCAGGACCAGUUGAAGAAUGUGCAGCAGAUCCAAGCCUCUUUCGGCGCUUUUGCUGCCGUCCUUGGCGAUGGAUCGGUCGUGACCUGGGGUGAUGCUAGCCGCGGUGGUGACAGCAGUGCUGUGCAGGAUCAGCUGAGGAAUGUGCAGCAGAUCCAGGCAAAUGAAGGUGCUUUUGCUGCCAUUCUUGGUGACGAAUCGGUCGUGACCUGGGGUGAUGCUGCCUAUGGUGGUGACAGUAGUGCUGUGCAGGACCAGCUGAAGAAUGUGCAGCAGAUCCACGCCACUGGCCUCGCUUUUGCUGCCAUCCUUGGCGAUGGAUCGGUCGUGACCUGGGGUGAUGCUAGCCGCGGUGGUGACAGCAGUGCUGUGCAGGAUCAGCUGAGGAAUGUGCAGCAGAUCCAGGCAAAUGCAAGUGCUUUUGCUGCCAUUCUUGGUGACGAAUCGGUCGUGACCUGGGGUAGUGCUCUCCAUGGAGGUAACAGUAGUGCCGUUCAAGACUAG